UCAGUCCCUGCUUCUGGGCUGGAGUGAUUGGAGGGAAACCCCGUGGAUUACAUUGAGACUGACGAGUUGUGAGAGUCAGCUGUGUAACAUAGCUAGCUAGACCGAGAACACCACUAUCCCUUAGCACUCAGCCCUGAGUAGCCAUGGUCGACAAAAGCGAGGUGGUUCAGAAGGAGCUGGUCCAGAAGGCCAAGCUGGCGGAGCAGGCCGAACGCUACGAUGACAUGGCCGCCUCCAUGAAGGCCGUGACCGAGGAGGGCGCCCAGCUGUCCAACGAGGAGCGUAACCUCCUGUCCGUGGCCUACAAGAACGUGGUGGGGGCCAGGCGCUCCUCCUGGAGGGUGGUGUCCAGCAUCGAGCAGAAGACUGAGGGCAGCGAGAAGAAGCAGGCCAUGGCCAAGGAGUACAGGGAGAAGAUCGAGAAGGAGCUGAAGGAGAUCUGCAACGAUGUCCUGGGUCUCCUGGACAAGUUCCUCAUCCCCAACGCUACUCCAGCUGAGAGCAAAGUCUUCUAUUUGAAAAUGAAAGGAGAUUACUACCGCUACUUAGCCGAGGUCGCUGUAGGGGAGGAGAAAGCUGCCAUCAUCGGCAACUCCCAGGAAGCGUACAAGGACGCAUUUGAGAUCAGUAAGAACGACAUGCAGCCCACCCACCCCAUCCGCCUGGGCCUGGCUCUCAACUUCUCAGUCUUCUACUAUGAGAUCCUCAACUCUCCAGAGCAGGCCUGCAAACUGGCCAAGACGGCUUUCGAUGAUGCCAUCGCAGAGCUGGAUUCCCUGAGUGAAGACUCCUACAAAGACAGCACGUUGAUCAUGCAGCUACUGAGAGAUAACUUGACACUGUGGACCUCUGACAACCAAGGAGAUGGAGAGGAUGCAGAGGAUGGCAGAGACUGAUCUGGUCCCUGGUCCCUGUCUGACUGACUGACUGACUGACUGCCUGUCAUCAUCCCUGUCAGCUCAUCAUCCACCUGGCAACAACACUCAGACAGACAGACAGACCACCUCAUCCAGCCAGGGCCAGCACCUCUCUUCACUUCCGUCUGUCUGUCUUAACGUGUCAUUCACUUCUAUGUGUUUACUCUUCUUUUGUAGUCAUUGUUGGGGUUUUCGGGGGUCGGUUAUGUUUCAGCGGGGAGGGUGGGCACGUUAUGGUAGGUCAGGUGGGGGGGGGGGCUUGCCUGCUGACCAUAUUAUUAAUAUUAUUAUUAAUAUUAUUAUUCGUCUGGGGAGCAGUAGUGUGCUACUUGUAUGUGGGAGGGGUGAAAGCAAAGUGGCAAGGUUUUUAAUGAGUCUACGCUGUACUCUGUAUUUAUGUUAAUGACCUUGUGCUUGACAACAUGGCGUGGGUCAUCUGCUGUUUGACGACACCCUCUCUCGGGGGGGGAGGCAGCAUCCUACCAUUUUAUGUCUGUGGCCAGCUGGACAACUGACAGAUACCAGCUGGACAACUGACAGUUGGGUGAUGGUUCCCGAGGUCCGUGGUUCAUGUCGUUGGGCCGCUUCACAGGCGGAGCACCUAUUCCAUAAACGGUGCGCGUCUGUGGCCCAUAGACCUGGGCUGGGGGGGGGGGCGGGGUGGGGGGGCAACGGCGAUGGGGUUUAGGGAAUCAGGAGGCCAUUUUAAGAGGCAGUCUUGGACAGAGGUUACAUUCCAUAAUACCGUCACCACUCUGCUCCUGGUUUUAUUCCUCCCUGUAGCUGGCCUGCAAACGUCAUGGUGCUUGUGUCAUUACGAGGUAUAGAACGCGCUAGAACCAAGAGCGCACUGCCUGAGGGAGUGGCGCGGGGUGCGUUUUCCUACGUCCUCAUCUAGUUACUGCUUAUUCCAAUUGAGGUUUUUUUUAUUUUAAUUUAGGGUUCUUUUUCUUUUGAUACUUGCCUAAAUUGCAUGUGGCUGAGACCUAGUUAGCGUGAGGGGGAAAAAAGAGAUGUUGUCAAGCAGGCCAGCUUUGUCCAUGUCUUUGAAAUUUUCAUACAGAACACCCAAGCCUAACUGUUAUUUGGAGGGAAAUGUUAUUUCAUGUAUGUGGAAUAAAAAGAUCAUUUAA